AUGGAAGCACUUGGGUCGCCGCAGCGUGCCGGGGUGCUCGACGAUGACGACCUCCUUUGCGAGAUCCUCCUCCGUGUGGCCUUCCCCACGAGCCUCGUCCGCGCCGCCCUCGCCUGCAAGCGGUGGCUCCGCCUCGCCUCCGGCCCCGCCUUCCUCCGCCGCUUUGGUGGCCUACACCCGCCCCGCCUCCUGGGCUUCUACGUCGACACAACACGUAGCCUCAUCCCGCGGUUCGUGCCUUUUCCCCAGCCCCCCGAGCUCGUCGGCGUCGUCUGCCGCGGUAACUUCUCUCUGGACACCUUAGGCUUCGCUGCUCACAAAAUUGAGUGCUCGAACGGCUGCCUCCUCCUCUCCCUGCAUGUGCACAACCAGCCCAACCAAGUCGUAAGGACUCUACGCUGGCCCCUGUGUCCGGCUAGGCACACGGCCAUCCUCCCGUCUUUCCCGGACACGAGCAUCCAUGACGGCUUCACAUACGCUGGCGUCGGCGAUGGCAUGUCCUUCUUCUAUUUGGCAACAGUGUCGAAAGAGCAGCAGACAGCCGUCUAUGUGUACAUGCUACAAGACCAUACCUGGGCCAUCCUUGCUUCGGCUGUAAGCGAAAUCCCUGAAAUUGAUCGGCUUGAGUCUACUUUGAUUGGUGACGGCAAGAUCUAUAGCGUGGCCCGUGUGAGCAAGAUCUGGAAGUUAUUGUUGCUAGGUCUUGUAUCCUCGACCCUGUCGCUGAUUAACCUCCCGGAAGAGGUGAACUUCCUGACUACGCGACUGUCGCUUGCAAAUGAUUCUGGAGUUCAUCUGGCCCAUGUAAAGGACUUUCAGAUUCGAAUCUGGCUGCACAAGGUAGAUAACAAUGGCGUUGCCAACUGGACCCGCGUGAAUACAAUUUCCUUGGGUGAGAUGUGUACUAGCAAUACGAUACCAAGCCAUGUGUUCGAGGUUGACGAUGAUUUGAUCAGGAUAUAUGCGGUUGGGCAAAAUUGUGAGUUUGUUUUAUUGGGGAAGGAUAAUGCCGUCUACAUGUUUGAUCUUAAACUCAAGGCGGCGAAGAAGGUUUAUGAGGCAGGAUGGGGUGAACACGUGUGUAGUGUCAGCCCCUUUAUGAUGGUUUGGCCCCCAAAAUUCCCUGCGAUCAUGGAAGGAUGCCACCCAAAUUAA